AUGCGUCUUUUCCUCUCUAUCACUCUUCUCGCCAUCACGGCUGGUUUGCUUGCGCAGGCGUCGAGCUUGGCCGAUUUGGCAGCCAGGCAUGGCUACCUCUGGGAUGGCGUGACCUUUCCGACCCCCAUCCCUCCUCAAAUCCCCUACAACAAUACAACGGCGCUGGACGUGGCCAAAUGUCUGGCAGGCACGGGCCAGUACCGCAUCGACAUCGAAGACCAAAUGGUCAUUGUCAUGUACCUGGAAGAGUCGCAAGAGGUCACCGUCAUCAACUGUGUUUUUCUCACUGGUGCCGGUGUCUUUUACCAGCAUCGUGAUGACCUUGCCACACUGCCCACUGCACCUCACGAGCCGAGCAUCCAGGGAGUCACGUUUGGCCUCAACAUCGACCCGAACGCGGUGAUCCAUCCUACUGCUCAACCCCAGCACGCCCUGUCAGCGACACGAAUCUCGCACCGUGGUCCGGUGCCCGUAGAGAGUCGUCGAUGGUCGGCCAUCAAAGCUCCGCUGCGGCCAGCCUUGGCGUCCACGCUUGGUAAUGGAUUUUGGGCUGCCCGGAUGAUCGCAUCGGCCGUCACUCCGCUCGCACAGACCCAAUUUUCCAAGCCGAUCCAGGUCGGCAGAGAUCAAACAUUGGCUACGCGCGCUUUAUCCGCCUACCAGACGGCUUUGGAUCGACGAUGUGCCAGCUGCGCAAGCAGCACGCUCGUCUGUCCCCACGCUUCUACAGCUGCGGUCUUUUCCUCGCUCAUGGAUGUGGUGCCUCGGCCUGUGUUCUCAACGCUGUAUCCGCGGUCAAAGCCAUCUGAACGGAAGCGAUUGCCGCCGGUGCAGCCUCACGGACAUGGCCGCGAUGCUGCUCCUGGGCACGGAUCAGCCGAGGCGGUCAACGCCGGCGGUCGAGCAGCACUCGCCUCCUCCAACUUCAGCACCACCACCACAUGCCUAGCCAUGACGGCGCUUUCUGCACUCACAUCCUUGCUCUGGCACGUCGGACAAGCGGCACUCACUGUCUCUCCAUACAUCAUCGUCGUCGGGCUCACCAGGACGCCUAGGAACGCCGUCUACAUCACUCCCGAGACGCUGGUGCUCAUAGCCGUCUCUUGUGCGCUUGAAUACCGAGACGAUGCAUCCCGCCGUCUGUUCGCUUGGGGGCAGCUGGGUGCGAGUCUGCACCUCGUAGGCAUGGCUGUGGCAUCGGCCAUGGCAUUCCGCAUCCGCGCUCGCGUCAGCAUGCCCAAGACUCAGGCCAUCCCAGUUCGAACCUCUGCCGACAACGUCAGCACCGAGGAUGACGCGCCUCCUCCUGCCAACAAUCGCAUCUCCCAACAGCUCAACAAGAACAGCAUGGUCUGCAUUCUGUGCUAUCUCGGCGGCAUUCUGAUCUAUAACUCUACCGUCGCUCUCUUUGGUUGGCUUGGCAUGCGCUUGUUCGGGACUCCGAAACCCUUAAGUGCCAUCUGGCUCGAACACUGGUCUGUCUCCGUAGCAGCGCUCCAGAUCGUCGCCUUGUGGCCACAGUAUGAGCUCAUGAUUCAGAUCAACAAGGCGAAAGCAAGCUUGCCGCAUCCAGACCUCCCGCUGCCAGAGGGUCUCAGUCAGGACGAGCAAAGCAGAAGAUUUGAAGCGCCAAAAAUGCUCUGGGCUUUCCUGGUGGCAUUUCAGGGUGGAACGGCGAUCAUGUUCCCCAGCUUGUUGAUGCAGGGGAUCGAGGCCAAAGGGCGUGACGAUCCGCUGGUGGUCACGACCACGAUAGCAGCCUUUCAUAUGAUCGUACUUCUAGGGUUCGUCGCAAGGCUCAAGAUCCUGCCGCCGGGACGGCUCAUUACGUUCGAGGAAGCACAAGCGGCCGACCAAGAGGCUGGCAUCAGGCUCGGAUAA